CGUGCCGGCGCUGGCCUGAGAAUCUGGGAGGUUUCAGGGUAGCUGGUGCGGUGAGGGUGCCAGCUGAGCCGUAGCCCGAGCCUGGGGACGCGGAACGGAGGCCGGCCGCUGGGAGCCCGCGCGGGCUUCUUCGUGCUCUUCGCUCUCUGCCUGCUGCCAUGUGGGCCGCCCUGAGGUUAGCCCUGCGGCCGUGCGCCCAAGCCGCUGCCCCGGAGCUGCGCGCCUAUCACUGGGACUCGGUGGCCACGCUGGGCACCCAGCCGGAGUUGGGCUCUGCCGUGUAUCAGGAAAACUAUGAACAGAUGAAGGCACUAGUAAGUCAACUCCAUGAACGAGCACAGUACAUAAAACUAGGAGGUGGUGAGAAAGCCCGAAAACGUCACAUAUCAAGAGGAAAAUUGUUACCCAGAGAAAGAGUAGAUGGUCUUCUAGACCCAGGGACUCCGUUUCUGGAAUUAUCCCAGUUUGCAGGUUACCAGCUCUAUGGCAAUGAGGAGGUCCCUGCAGGUGGCAUUAUCACAGGAAUUGGGAGAGUGUCAGGAGUAGAAUGCAUGAUUAUUGCCAAUGAUGCCACUGUCAAAGGAGGUACUUACUACCCAGUAACUGUGAAAAAACAUUUACGGGCACAAGAAAUCGCACUGCAAAACAGGCUUCCCUGCAUCUACUUGGUUGAUUCUGGAGGGGCAUACUUACCUCUACAAGCAGAGGCAUUUCCAGAUCGAGAUCACUUUGGCCGUUCAUUCUAUUAUCAGGCAAUUAUGUCUUCUCAAAAUAUCGCACAGAUAGCAGUUGUGAUGGGCUUCUGUACGGCAGGAGGGGCUUAUGUGCCUGCGAUGGCUGAUGAAAACAUCAUUGUUCGCAAGCAGGGGACCAUUUUUUUGGGAGGACCCCCUUUGGUUAAAGCAGCAACUGGAGAAGAGGUGUCCGCUGAGGACCUUGGAGGUGCUGAUCUUCACUGCAGAAAGUCUGGUGUAAGUGACUACUGUGCUUUGGAUGAUAAUCAUGCCCUUCACUUAACAAGGAAGGUUGUGAGGAAUCUAAAUUAUCAGAAGAAAUUGGAUGUUACCAUUGAACCUUCGGAAGAGCCUUUGUUUCCUGCUGAUGAAUUGUAUGGAAUAGUAGGUGCUAACCUUAAGAGGAGCUUUGAUAUCCGAGAGGUCAUUGCUAGAAUUGUGGAUGGAAGCAGAUUCAGUGAGUUCAAAGCCUUAUAUGGAGACACAUUGGUUACAGGAUUUGCUAGAAUAUUUGGAUACCCAGUAGGUAUCAUUGGAAAUAAUGGAGUUCUAUUUUCUGAAUCUGCAAAAAAGGGGGCUCACUUCAUCCAGUUAUGCUGCCAAAGGAAUAUUCCUCUGCUAUUCCUUCAAAACAUUACUGGAUUUAUGGUUGGUAGAGACUAUGAAGCUGAAGGAAUUGCCAAGGAUGGUGCCAAGUUGGUGGCUGCUGUAGCCUGUGCCAAUGUGCCUAAGUUCACUGUCAUCAUUGGGGGUUCAUAUGGGGCUGGAAACUAUGGGAUGUGUGGCAGAGCAUACAGCCCAAGGUUUCUCUAUAUGUGGCCAAACGCUCGCAUCUCAGUGAUGGGAGGAGAACAGGCGGCCAGUGUGCUGGCGACAGUAGCAAAGGACCAAAGGGCACGGGAAGGGAAAGAGUUCUCCAGUGCUGAAGAAGCAGCUUUGAAAGAGCCCAUCAUUAAGAGGUUUGAAGAGGAAGGAAACCCUUACUUCUCCAGUGCCAGGCUGUGGGAUGAUGGGAUUAUUGAUCCAGUGGACACCAGACUAGUUCUGGGUCUCAGUAUUAGCGCAGCCCUCAACGCGCCAAUCCAGAAGACUGACUUUGGCAUCUUCAGGAUAUAACUGGGAUAGAAAAUAUCUUCUGAUGGACAUGUACCAAAAAUUAAUACAUUAGUAGCCUUAAAAUAUUAAACUUUUUCAACAUGUGGCCAUCAUAGUAAAAAUUGUUUUCUUCACUCAGUACAUUAUACUUUCCUAUCUUAAAAAAAAAUUAUUGAAGAUACUUAUUUGAUGAACCUUUAUUUUACCCAUAAAAUGAAGAGAAUAACAGGUAUCCUUUCUGACCCAUAAGUAGUAUAAAAAAUUCUAUAACCUAUAAAUUCCAGGUAUUCCUGAAAUUAUUAACAUGAAGUUCCAUUUCCAGUGAAAUGAUUGAUUUUCUGAUUUUGCAUGAUAUUUUUAACACUUUUUUUUUUAAAGCAUCUAUUUUUCCCCCAGCCACCAUCCUACUCCUUUCCAUAAUAGUCAGACUUCUUGCCAUCUGCAUUGAGGCUCUUAUUUCCUGCCCAUUCUCUCCUUAGCCUACCCAUCACUGGCUUCCACUGCCAACAGCUCAUUCCAAGGUUGAUCUCCGUGUUGCAGAAACUAGUCGCUUCUUUUCUGACUUUAUCUGAUUUAAUUCUUAGUGGCGUUUAAAUCAGUCAAAUACUUCCUCCUAGAAAUGCUAUCCUUAACUUCCUUGCCAUGACGCUCUAGGUUUUCUGUCAACCUUUUUGGCCUUUCUUGUUCAGUCCCCUUUGCAGGCUCCUCUUACUCUGCUGAUUCUUCCCCCACCCUCUUCACCGUUCAUGCUGAUUUUUAAUUAUAAUACGUGAAUAUGGUCUUAUUCUAAAAGAUACAAAUAGCUCGAAAGUAUCUCUUUGUUUUUUUAAAAGUGUGGUGUAAUAUACAAUAGAAAAUUUGCCAUUUUAACCAUUUUUAAGUGUGCAGUUCUGUGGCAUUAACUACCUUCAUACUGAUGUGCAACCAUCAUCCCCUUCCGUCUCUAGAACUUUUCAUUAUCCCAAGCUAAAACUGUUACUAAAUAAUAACUACUGAUUGCCCUUCCCCCCAGCCCCUGACACAUCUCAUUUUUAAAUGUGUGUGAUUCUUAUUGCUUGAUUAAUCCUCACUGGGCCACUGUAGCCCUUCUUACAGUUUUAGUUGCCAUCUAAAUGCGGAUGAUCCUGCAUUGACAGUUCUUAACACAGUUUCCCCUGAGCAUAUCUUACAGGGCUACUGGGCCUAAUUGUCUUAUAGGAACCUCAGAUUCAGUCAUCAAGGUCUGUUAAUUUUGCUAUCUAUCUCUUGAAUCCUCCCAGAUAUUUUUGUCUGUCACUGCUACAGGCUUUGGAAGUGGUCUGCCUGCAGCCAAUCUUACCUAGUCCAGUUUCUCCAUUGCUCUGGAGCUGGGAUGGCCAUUCUGAAGUGCACUUCUGGUCAUGCUGCUCCCUUACUGAAGUCUUUCACUGGUUCUCUGCGGUGCCAGACCCCUAAUGGCCUCCAUGCUCCUGAUCAUCACCUCAUCAGCCUCGUCGCCUUGAUUCCUCUUUUCACACACAGUGGCCCAGCCAUUCUAGACUUCUAGUCCUUUGAACCUGUGAAGACUUCCCUGCCUUAGGGUCUAUAAGUUUCCUUCUGCCUGAACUGUUCUACUGCUCCUUCUUAAACAGUUAGGUUUUUGUCACUGUGACUUCCCUGGGCUGGUUAGAUACCUAUUACGCACUCUUGUAGAGCACCAUCCACUUCCCUUGUCGCUUCCCUCUAUCUUAUAUAAGAAAUAUAAACAUUUAAUAUUGCACUCCAGCUAGAUUGUAAGCUCUAGGAGAGCAAAGAUUCUCUUAUUUAGCUUGUGCCUCUAAUGUUUAGCCCUUAUAGGUGCUCAAAUGUUUGUUGAAUGAAUAAAAAAAUCCAUAUUUUAAUCAAUAUCCUCAGGCCAAAUCAUUUUAAAAUUAAGUGAUUGAUUAUGUGAUUUAACUAUCAAAUGCUUUCCAAAAAAAUUAAUAUU